AUGGCCCCUAAGGUGAAAAGGAUCAACCCACCGGGAAACGAACCUGGCCGCCGAGAAUCACAAACAUCGACAUCUACUUCGAUCAGUCACUCUCGUUCGGCAUCCCGCAGCACCGCGCGAUCGCGACCCAACAGCCGUCGUAGUUCCGUCCACUCACCGCGCCGGGCUGUGCCCAACGCUGCCAUCGUGCCUGUCGCAUCACCUCGCAGCUCCAUGCAGGACAAGCGCGAGUCCUUACUAGCUCUACACCGGGAGUCAUGCCGUUUGUUCCAAGGCGAUGGAUCAAAUAGGUCCUCGAUCGAGACAAGACCUUCUCUACACCGGGCAGCAUCAGCUACUUAUAGAUCUCAGCGCGAGAGGCGCAUAUCAACAGAGAAAGGAAACUCGGCACCCUCGUCUCCUAUCACACCAUUAUAUUCCAGCUUCCGCUUCGAGCCAGAAUCUACUUCACCCACCUCGCCGAGCGCACCACACUUCAUCACUUCAAGAGAUCGAUCAAACACCUUGCCCACCAAACACCACCACAGCCCCUCGUCCUCGUCCAUCCAUGUCCCGGCGACAGUAAUGGAAUGGACCUCACCUGAUACCCGGCGGCGUGAGUACGAGAAGAUUGACCGCGCAAGCAGUGGUGUCCGCGGGCUGUGGCGCCGCGUCGCGCCUCGCUGCUUCCAGUCCCGCGACUCGCGCACCCCCUUCUUCGAGGAAGGAAAGACAGAGCGCGAAGGCAGUGUGCGUCGGUUCCGCAUGGAUAUUCCCGAAGAUGAAGAACCAGAACCGGAUUCUCACCAGGGAAAGCCGCAGCCCCAGCUUCUGGAUUUCCUGGGCAAGACUCCGACCUCCAACUCAAAUUCAAAUUCAAAUUCCCCUGAUGGCGCUCGAAAACGGUGGACGUGUCUCCGUUCGAAGUCUGCUCCUCUUCCUAAUACCUAA